AUGGCUGACGUAGAAUUCACGGCGACAUUAGUCACGCUGUGUCGGCAAACACUCAGCGGGGAUCACUCGGCUAUUAGAUCAGCAGAGGAAACCUUGAAGGUCCUCCUUCAGCCGAGUGGCAGCGACAUACGUCUGAGAUUGGCGACGCUCUUUCGCAUUAUACUGGUGCCUUCGGCUUUGGUAUCACAGCCGACAGUUAUUGCGGACGAUGAUCUCAAUGGUGUGUCGUCAGAGCUUCAGUUAUGGGUGGCAAUAUGUCUGAAGAAUUAUGUGUGGAGCCACUUCGACACAUCGGAAUCACAUGGAGGUGUUAGCGACGACCUCAGACGCCUGGUGAGAUGUUUCCUCAUUGUUGCGGUGCUCAAUACAGACAAGCUGGAUUUGGAUAAAAAUGUUUUCAAACAGCUCGAAGAGACAUUGCACAUGUUGGCCGAAGAUGACUUCCCGUAUCACAUGGAUUUCGCCAUUUUGUUCAUCCAAUACUGCCACCUCAGUGACGUAGCACCAGAGGCAAUCGCCAUAACAUAUUCUCAACGCGUACAAAAGGCGGCAGCUAUGAGGGGACAAGUGAACGUUGGGGAAUCGAUGCCCGUGUCAAACUCCGAAUCGCUGGCGCGAUCCUUGGAGGAGGCGAAAUCAACGGUUCACCUCGCUUAUGGCGAAAGCUGUGCGAAACUCCUUUCGGCUUAUGCAGCUGUACAACAGUCUUUGGUGGAGUAUAGCAAGGUAUUAGCCACUGGAGAAUUGCCAACAAUUAGUCGAUCGUACUCCGGAUUCUACCGCAAUCUGCUUUUGGGGCUAGAGGCAAUGUGUGAGGGUCUGAAUGGAGUCACUCUAAGCGACCUCGACCUCGGCAAGUUUCUGCAAGCUGCGGCGUUCCUAUUUCCACAGGAACCGCUCUGCAUCCAUGUAGUCAACCAUUCCACUAAUACUCGUGAGACCAAGAGAGAAAAGGGUGAUCCGCUAAUUUACUUCGACGACCGUCAGCUAUAUAAGGAUGAGUCUCUUUGGGGAAGUGCAGUAUCUACGCUUCCGAAAUUAGGUAGUCAUGGGCAAUGGGUGACGCUGGCGUUCUCAGGUGGAACGUCUGUAAACGAUGCAGCGUUAGAUGUCACAUACUUCCGCCGUAAGGCUCAUACCCUACGCAUAUUCAAGCGUCUUAUGAAAAAGUAUAAGACCAGCGUAUAUGGUGAUGAAACGCUUAGGGAACUGAAAAUUGUCCUGAGUCUUAGCGAAAAUAUGCUAUUAUACGUCUACAGGGCCAUUUUAUCAAAAUUGAACGAAUUCGUCUCCAUGUUGUCACUGACAGGUACCUCAUGCUGCUUAUCCCGUAUUGUCCUGGAUUUACUUGAGGCUUUGACUUCAAUCACCAAAAUCUUCACAUACAUUCACGCUAUCGAUUUGCCAGAAUGCUGCGAGGACAAUAUAGAUCUAUACUUGGGUAGCAUGGUUGAGUUGCUACGUUUUUCGGACCCCGUUAUAUUGCAAGUUGGCCAUUUAGGUGUGGUGCCAAAGCUAAAGGUAGCCAUUUGUAAAUUGAUGCGCUACUAUGCUGAACGCUAUCAGGAAGUGUUCCAUCCCUUUGUAUUUCAGUGCAUUGAUGGCAUGGUUGAAUUAUGCCGCGGCCUAAGUCAAAAUAGCGACGAUGAUCGUUUGUGCUCUGCAAUACUGGAGUUCCUGACUGCCGCCGCUUCGACUCAUUGGGGCCCCCGUGGUAACCGCACAAACCCCUUUACUAAUUCUGAAUAUCUUGCGGAUAUUAUUAGGGGCAUUGUGCUACCUCAUAUCGGUUUUCGGGAGUGUGACUUGUUCCUGAUCGAAGACUGCGCUUCGGAAUUUGUUCAGCGGGAGCUCGAUACAGGAACCGGUCAUAGCCGAAGGUUUUCUGCAAUAAACUUUUUGAAAAAGCUUGUAAGCACAUAUGGGCAGAUGGUGCAACACCUCCUCAAUCAGUUCGCCCAGAAUGUAUCAAGUGCUAACGAUUACAAGCUCAAGGAGUUAUACCUACAGAUUAUCAUUUGUUCCAACUUUACGACGAAUGAGGGAUUUAAUCUUCACACGUACUUUUCCGAGCAUCUACGUGUUGAUCUUCUCCGCGAAUCACAGAGUCUGCAGAACACUCAGGACAACAUUUUGAUAGUGAUGGCCAUUUUGAAGUUUGUUUUCACCUUUAAGAAGCACUUCCCUGUCACCGAGUUGACUUCUCUGAUUUCGCCGAUAACAAGUUUUUUGCGGCACCCAAAUGAUGCUGUGCGUUUCCUUGCCGCUGAAACACUGAACCGCAUAGCUCCUCUUGUGCGAGAGAAUAAGGAUCAGUUGAAACAGCCUAUGCUUCAGGCGUUGGAGUGUCUACUGAAACUUAUGCAAUCUGAGGCACCAAACGAGUUCUAUGUACGCUGUUUGAUGCGUAUAUUCCAAUUUUUGCGUCAGGAUGUAUGUGAGAGUGGAUUUUUGAUGCUGAGUGUCAUAGUAGAGCGCAUAAAGGUGGCUUCUAACAAUCCAGUGAAUCCGAUAUACAAUCACUACCUCUUUGAGUGUCUGGCCAUUCUGCUACGCACCCACUUAGAGGCGGGUUCAUUGGACGCAGUGUCAAGAAUAGAACAGGUUCUCAUCCCUAUGAUCGCAAUUAUUAUACAGCAAGAUAUGCAUCCAUUCGUGCCUUAUGGGCUUCAGAUCCUCUAUAUUUUGCUCCGUGCGUCGCAGCAGCCUGGGCCUACAUACGUGCAGCUGUUCUCGCACCUGGUUUGCAUCGACAAUUGGAAAUCAUCAACAGCGAACGCACAAGGGGCUGUUAAGCUGUUGGUAUGCUACUUCGAGCGCUAUACUCUAUUUGAGCAGGAGAUUAUGGGCAACAUGGAGCGCAUUUUGAGCAUCUUCCACUUCUGCUUAACGCAUCGGAAGCUGUCUAUGGUUUCGCUUGAUAUAUUGAAUGGCGUCUUUCGUUACUUGCCCGUAGCAUUUUAUAGCAAGUUUAUCGGAACCAUCGUGACGGUUCUCUUGACUUUUUUGCACAACAUGAAGAUUUCGAACUGUGUACCACGGGUGAUCACGUCUAUAGCACUGUUGGCAACUUCCCUCCACAUGCAGAAUUACACCCCUGGAUUUGUUGAUAUAUUGGAGGGUAUACAAUCCGGCAUAACGCAGAGUUUUCUACAGGUGGUCUACCUGCCUAACGCGCGUAAGGUGCUGGCGUUAGAGUCUAAGCGGGUACUAGUAGUGGGCACAUCUAUCAUACUCGGUUCUCCAGUGGUACAACGAUUAUCCGAGACGUUUGCCAUGUUGGCUGAUUUCUUGGGUGAACUAAUUCAAGGGCAGACAUUACGAGUCGUCCAUACGUCUGUUGAGCCCGACGAUAUUAUGGAGGACCUUGAUUUUGACGUAUCAUACGUGCGUUUGCGCAGCGCAGACGACUCGAAGGGUACAGGUUCUGCUAAACUGUUGGACCCUACUUGGAACGUGGAACAGGUAGUACGUGGAGCUCUGCUUCCGGCUGCAGCCACACUGCGGCAGUUGCCACCCGGGAGGAGCUCACAGGUACUGCUGAACCUUUUGAACUAA